GAGAGAGACCGCGCUGUUUUUAUUCACGAGCUCGCCUCCGAGCAGAGUGCACUUACUGACUCAGUGUUCCUUGUGUUGUUUGUGUUUGGACAGGUGCUUCUGUCAGUGGGACUUUUUCCUUCUGUGUCCGGCACUGGGAUUUCGCCACCACAACCCUGAUUGGAGAUUGACCUUCCCAGGAAUGAGCAUUUCUAAUUAAGCUUCGUGGAGAUUUUAGCUCGGUUGAUGAGAAUUGCAUGGAAAUGGUGACCUGCUGAGCACGGACUGAGGCAAAAUGGGCAACUCACAUUCGGCGCAGCACAGUUUCCACCAUGGCCACCCGCACGACCCGCACCACCGCGGCUACCCGCGGCCCUUCCACCACCACCAGCAUCCUGGCGAGAUCGCCUACCCUCCAGAUGACCCCCGAUGGAACGUCCACUCCUUCCCGCGGGACAUGCACCGCCGAGGUCCGCCGGGCCGCAACCCCGAACUGGUUCCUGAGAACAAGGUGCUGCCCAAGGUACUGGGGCCGCCGCCCAAACUGCGCGCCACCAACAACGGCGCCAUCCUGCACCAGGGUGGCACCAUCAGCGGAAGGAAAAUAGCGCAGCAAAACGUGGCGCCCGUGAAAGCUUACAAGGCGAAAGUGAGCAGAGGGUCGCCCGGCGGCAGAUUGAGCGCAAACAGAUUUGGAGGCAGCGAGCCAGAUCUGCGGGCUCCCUCUAAUUUCAGAGCCGCCCCGGCGCCUUUAAUGAUGGUCAAUCAGCAAAAGCCAAUGGUCGUCCGGACCAACGCCAACGCAGCUUCAGCGGCGGCUGCCGCCGCCGCCGCCGCCGCAGCGAACAAAAAGAAGUAUAAAGCGCCGCCACCCCCGCAGAAGCAGGAGUCGGAGUCGCCAAGCGACACCAGCGGUUGGGAGGAUACGGGUUCAGCGGCGCCAAAGAAGACGCGGCUGUUCAAAACCAGAGCACAAACGUCAAACAGUCCGGCGCCGUCGAGCGAGGCGCGGAAAAGCGAGGAAAAUAACAAACAAUCACGGGCGCCAAUCAACGCGGCUGCGUCCGCGUUCUUGGCCAAGCGAAGCGUUUCCUCGCCUGAAUUCCAACAGGAGCUGGUCAAGGCGGCCCAGCAGAAGCACAAAGAGCGACUGGCCAAAAAGCAUGUGGCGCCAGAAGCUCAAAAAGUGGCGGCCACCGCACAACCGCAAAACAAAGGGUCGCCCACACCUUCGGGCCCGCGACACGCACCAGUUGGCCGCGAGUCGUCCAACGACCAUCGCGAAGUCAAAGAAAACCACAGGCCGACCAGAGCGAGGUCCCCGGCGGUCGAACAAAGUGCCAAAAAACAACCUCUCGUGAAUUCACAGCCGCCGAAAACCUUCUACUUCGGAAUGGACGUGGGUGGCGGAGUGGCCGCCGCUGACGAAGACGAGGUUGAUAGGUUUGCAGCCCGCAUGAGGAAUCCCGUCCUGCGGAGGAAGAGGUCGUCGUCCGGCUCGGGCGAAAGUUACACAGAAGAUGAAAUGCCACUGAACAACGGCGACAUCAAUUUGCAGCUGCGACCAGUGCUGCCAAAAAAGACCCCCGACAUCCCCCGUUUUUCACCCACCGCUGCUUGGCGGCAGCUCCUGGUUGGUGACCUCCCUGACGAACCUGAAGACGACCCAAGAGGGAGGCGGAGGAAUCGGUCUAUUUCACCAAUUUUAAGAGAAACCAGUGGCACCGCCGCCUUGUUGGAGGAGCGAAUCGUCCAGUGCUAUUCGCAGCGAGCCCCUCUGCUGGUGCGCGGGAGCGUGGCCACGCAGGAAAAGUCCGGUGACUCGGGAAUUUCCGGGGACGCCAGUCCGGGACCGGGACAAAACAUGCUAGAUUCGCCUGACCCAGCGCCCGCAGCUCCCAUCCGACUCCGCAAAAACCACUCGCCGGUCGCGAGACAAUGGACGCCCGAACAGGAUUUGGACGACUCGAGUUCAGACGAGGACCCCGUCAAGGCGGCGAGAAGCCCGCCGUCGAGAAGGGCCGUUUCAGAAGAACGCCCGCCCGAGGUUUUGAAAGGAGAAAGGGGCAGGUCAAGUGGAAGGGUCACGCCACCGAAAUUUACGAGAAGGUCGCACAUGUUCUCCUUGUCGCUGCCAAGACCAGACCAGCUACAGUUGGCGGCUAACAAAGGCCCAGAAGAAAUAGAUUCGCCGCUGGAAAGUCCCGAUGAAAACAUCACCACAUUCCACAGCCUGAAAAAGUUCAAAAAAUCUGUGUCCGGUGCUCUUGGGUCAGCUUUUCAAAACAAGUACCAUUCGCAGCAGCAACUUUCCCUUGACGAAAACUGGUACUUGAGUCGCAGCGCCCCCAACUCCCUGGACAGCACCGGCGAAGGCCCCAACUGGCAGCGGACGCCGAUCCAGUCUGACGAGGGCGUCUGCUGGCGUUCGCCCAACGAAUCGAGCAGUCCCGACCAGUAUGAAGAGGAGGAGGUGGAGGAAAUAAUACAAAUCACCGGCAAAAAGCCUCUGUCCCACAUCGCCUCCGGCAGCCACAUCAUGUACCUGCCCGAGUACGACUCUCGAAGGUGCAUCGUCCCCAGGGUCAAGUCGCGAAACCUGCACGCAGGUCAGAGGUCACUGAGUGUGGACGUUUUGACGCAACUGCACAACAAAGAAAGGGAGGAGCAGGGAGCGCGAAACAACAAUAGUCUGCUCAUCGUCAGGAACAACCACCUGAACGAGCGGCCCGAAGAGAUGCGCGAGCUGCGACCUGAGUCGCCGUGGGAGGUGCCGCAGGUGCACAGCGAGGACGAGCAGGCGGUCAAGGCCAUCAGGUCGAAGUUGACCAACAAACCGGGCAAGAAAUUCACUUUCCAGUCAACGAUCAGGCAGAUCGAAAGGCGGCGAGUGGCGGACCGGCUGUCGAAAGAGGCGGAAAUGCGCGAAAAGCAGCGGAGGCAGGAGGCGGAGGCCAUGAAGAAGGUGGAGGAGGAGUUUCAGCGCAAGCGGGCCAGGGAAAAGGCCACCCUGAAGGAGCAGCUGCGCCUCUUCAGUCUGCAGGACAGCGACGGGCCGCAGUCUCUGCCCGCCAUCUCCCUCGACGAGAGGGUGGUGCAGAGGUCAAAGCCCGUCAGGGCCGAACCUGAAGGCCAGGCGGCCACCAGGGUGGCGCCGAAGAAGUCCAUCUACAAGCAGAUCGCGCAAAGCAUCCAGGAGGACGAGUCGGCGUCGAUCAGGCAGGCGAAAUCGGCCGAGCCGAGAGAAUACAAAGACUACAUCGCGAAUCCGGCCAAAAUUAAUAGCAGGUACCCGAGUGGCGAACGCGCCUCCCCAUCGCCGUCCAGCAGUAGUGCCAGCAGCAACACCCGCAGAAACGUGACCCACCCAGCCAUCGUAUGUGAUAUUCCUAAAACCUCCCAGGCUUACUUAGGUCCAAUUUUUGCGGAGAGUGACUUGAAAAUUGUUCCCGAGUCACACAAUUACCGGCGCGAAUUCGCCAAGGGAGCGGUAAACGGCGGCGGCACCUCGGCAGCGUCGAGGGUGCCCCGAGCCAGACUGUCACCCUCACCAUCCCCAAAGGAGCAGCAGGAUGGUGGCGCCUCUCGCGGACACUCGCAGUACAACGGAUUUGCCUCCCUUCCGCCUCAACAGGUCAGAUAUUUGGCGAGCAGUAGCUCUUCGUCGAGUGGUGCAUCCAAAUCGACUGCUAGCAAAGUGCCAGCGCUGCAACCCUUCAAUGCCGCCAAGUCGAAAGGCUACCGUCCAAUCGGAUUCAAAGCACCCUCGAGUGGCGCGUCGCCGGCGGCGGGCGCCAAAGCCAAAGUCAUUCAGGCAGUCAGCUGAGCGGACACACCACGGAGUGCAUGUUAGUUUGUUUGUCGACGAGAUCAGAUUCCACUUAAUGAUAUGCUUGAUUGCAUGUGUUGCAAAGUUUUGAUUAACGCCUCCGGUUAAUAUCAUCAAAAUGUGCUAAAUCCUGCUGUGAAAUUAUGCACCGCCGCCAACCAAACAAUGAGCUUUUGUACAUAUAUAUCCUCAUUUCUCUGCUGCAUCUCUUGAAUGUUUAAUUACUCUGUGUACCAUACACACAGGCCUGUUAAUUUGCUCAUCUGUUCGAAUGUACACUUUGUAUGCACAUUGUUAUCGAUGCAGAAGCCGCCGUGGAGCGGCUAAUUCAAUUUAACUUGGCAUUAUCAGGCGCCGGAAUGGCGAAAUUAAUUUAUCGUUUGGCGAGAGAGUGAGAUGUGUGUGGAACAAACACAUUCAGUAAACGGGAUUUCCAGUGCAAUGUAAUAUUAUUCGAGUGUGUAAUCAUCCCUUAUAUUUACCCUGUAUUAUAUGCAAAUAUCGUCUCUCAUUUACUUUAACAUACAUUUAUAUAAAUAUACCAGGCCUCCAUUGUAGCAAUAAUCAUCACCCUAUUAAUGGACUUGAAACGCGAUUUGCUCAACACACCUACUAGUAAAAUAUAGAUUUUACAGCAGUCCGCCCAACAUUACAACAUCGAUCGUUUUACUUUUCAAUCAAAUGAUGAAUAAUCGCUACAGCAUAUAUAUGAAGAUAUAAUUUAAUGCAUAAGAAAUAAAUAAAUAAUAACCCCCAAACCUCGUGAUAAUAGUCAAGAAACAAUAUGUCUUCGCUUAUAA